AUGUGGAAGGGCGCUGACAUCUUCCCGCUGCUCAUCCUGUUCCUGAGAUUCCUCCUACGCUCAGCCCUAGUGCCGAACUCGCCCAUCUCCAUCUUCGGCUGCCCCCUCUGUCGUCGGCAUCAUGCUUGGACCGUUCAUGUGCGGCGCUGGAUAUACUGGCUCCAGCUCGCCAUCUACACUGGCCUCCUGCCCGUCUUCUACCCGUUUCUACGUGAGACCUGCGCCGCCACCCUCCUCGCCACCGGCCUGAGCCCCUUUUCAGAUACCCCCAAUCUCUCCAUCACCCGCUGCAUCACCGAGCGGCCCGGCACGUCCUCCCAGCAAGCCGCCUCUACUCCGCCGUGCCGGGUAGACUUUCUCUCCAUAAGCGUGGCUCUUCUCGUACGGCUGGGCAUCCACUACAUCGUGCCCGCCUUCACAAUCGCCUGCGUCGGCAGCGGCAUGGCAUCUACGCCACCUACAUUGCCGUUCGUCAACGACGUUGCCGACGUAUACGAAAACCACGCCGCAACGUCUUUAGGCGCUGUCUUGCCGUUUGCCAGCCCGGCGCUGUUUACGCAGUUCGGGGUUCCGCUGGACGGGCGGGGCAGUCUGUUGGGGUUUGUGGAUUUGGUGCUCGGUGUGGCGCCUGUUGUGCUGCUGGUCAUGGGGUGGGAGGUAUGUGGGAGGAGUCUGUUUAUGAGUCAGGCGUGUGUUGAAUGA